UUCCGGUUCAGGCUCACUUCCUGUGUUGUGGUUGCUGCCGAAGGGCCGAAGUUCGCGGACAUCGAAGUAACUAUACGGAGUAUCAGCGGUAUCAGCCCAUGCAGCCAGACUUUGAAAUGUCUGUGUGAAUGCAUCGAAAUUAAAGUGUUCGUAGUACCUAAUGGGACUGUUUGGGAAAACGCCAGAGCGAUCGCCGAAAGAACAGGUGCGAGAAUGGACUUCAAAGCUGAGAAAAGAAGGGUACCAGCUGGAUCGCCAGAUCAGAGCUAUUCAGAGGCAAGAAGAAGGUGUCAAGAGGUCCUUGAAAGAAGCGGCGAAAAAGAAUGACAAGGAGGUUUGUCUUAUACUUGCUAAGGAGGUGCUUCGUGCUCGCAAGGCUAUCAAUCGUAUCCACGCUUCCAAGGCACAGUUGAACUCAGUCGUGAUGAGCAUGAACCAUCAGCUUGCUACCCUUCGGUUGGCCGGCUCAAUGCAAAGAAGCACUGAAGUUAUGAAGAGCAUGCAGCAGUUGAUCAAAGUGCCCGAAGUAGCGCAGACGAUGCGAGACCUGUCGAAGGAAAUGAUGCGAGCAGGAAUAAUAGAAGAAAUGUUGGAUGACACAAUGGAAGGCCUUGAUGACCAGGACGACUUGGAGGAAGAGGCACAGGAGGAAGUCGACAAAGUCUUGUGGGAGCUGACUGCAGGCCAGCUCGGCAAGGCCCCAACUGCAGUCACAGAGUCCUUGCCAUCGGAAGACAUCCAAGAAGCUGGUCCGUCGUCUGCUGUGGCAGAAGACGAAGACGAUGUGACCAAGAUGCAAGAGCGAUUGCAGGCCUUACGGAGCUGAAUUGUAGCCAGCCUGUGGCUUGUACACUAAGUACGGUUGUUA